UCUAAGAAACAGCCGAUUUAAUAGCACAGAGAAGUUAAAAGUUAGCCGAAUGGUGACUUCAUGUUGAGCUGUCAAGUCUUAUUUUUGUGCAUUGAUCCUUGUCACAGUCAUAUAUUGACCGCACAAGUACUUGAGUAAUAUAAUUACAGUAUUCCAGUUUUGGCGGAUAGAAAUUAUUAAUGUGUAGCAAGUCCAUUUAAUUUUUAUGGAGGAGUGCAAAACCAAAGAUCUUUACAGCAGCUUGACUAACGAAGCUAGGGAACUGUAUUUACCAGAAAAUGUACCAGAAUAUGAAGGCCCUCCUAAACCGCUAGAGUUUUAUCGUAAUUGGGUAUGUCCAAAUAUUCCAGUGAUUUUCAAGAAGUCAAUCGACCACUGGCCUGCUUUGAGCAAAUGGACAAAAUCGUAUCUACGGGAAAAACUUGGAGAGAAAGUAAUAAGUGUAGCCGUCACUCCAAACGGUUUAGCAGAUGCUGUCACUGAGAACAAAUUCAUCUUGCCAGAAGAAAGAAAAAUAUCAUUUUCCAAAUUUUUAGAUGUCAUGGAAUCACCACACCUGGGUGAUCAAGGAAUAUUUUACAUUCAAAAACAAAAUGGCAAUUUUACUAGUGAAUUUUCAGAAAUCAUCGAAGAUGCUGAAACUGAAAUAGAAUGGGCUACACAAGCAUUUGGUAAAGGGCCUGAUGUUGCCAAUUUUUGGAUGGGUGAUUGUCGUGCAAUAACUUCGUUACAUAAAGAUCAUUAUGAAAAUUUAUACUGUGUUAUAUGUGGGAAGAAAACAUUUACACUUUUCCCACCUACAGAUUUACCAUACAUUCCUCAUCAAAGUUACCAAGUAGCUCGUUACAAACAAAAUGAAUUUAGCAAAUUUGAUGUAAUUGAUGAGAACAAUAGCAAUAUUCCUUGGAUACCAGUGGAUCCAUUAAAUCCUGACCUUAAAUUAUACCCUGAAUUCGCAAAUGCCAAGUCAAUAACAUGUGUUGUCGAGAAAGGUGACAUUCUUUAUAUCCCUUCUUUAUGGUUUCAUCAUGUCCAACAAACACAUGGGGCUAUUGCUAUAAACUUCUGGUAUGACAUGCAAUAUGACAUAAAAUAUAACUACUACAAGUUUCUGGAACUUUUAUGUCAAAAAUAAUUUUUCUUCAUUUAGCCUGUAUGUAAAUAUAAUUUUAUGAAAUUAAUGAUGGUUUCUCUGGAAAUUAUGCAACAUUUCAAUCAAACAUAUGAUUGCAUAUAGUUUGCACA